UGUACCCUCCCUUCCCCUCGACCUAACCAGCAUCCCAAAUAGAAUUUCCUUAGGCGAAAUUCUUAGUGUAUUUUAAAACAACCUUAGCGUGUACAUCUCGAACGAUUCCCAAUUCUGUCAACAAUGUGUGAAUCCCUGGUGCCAUUUGGGCCUCCGAAAAGACGCAAAUCUCCCAGGCGCCAUCCGCCCGAAGAACAACCCGCACCAAGCAGUUCCACUAAUGGUUCUUCCUCUACAGUCGAAAAUCCCAAUACUAAGAAAAUCCCGAUGUUGAUCAGAGGUAUCGGGGUUCAUCAAGUGAUCCCCAAGGAGGCCACCCGAGACGUCCUUACUGGUAAAGUUCCUUUUUACCUGGUGGAUGAUAAGGAUGGUGUAACUUUAUUCCCUGCCAAGCAUAUUUUUACAGCUUUGAAGUUGGAUCAGGAGAAGAUCGAGCAGUUAGAGGAUUACAGUUGUUUGGGGGCUCACGAAAGAUUCUUGGCUGAAAAACCCCGUAGGAAGGAAGGUAUGGGGUAUAGGAGGAAAUACAUUUCGCCAGAAUUGAUUUAUCGUGGGAUUUAUUUAACAGUCGAUCUGGACAUAAGAAUAAAAGCCCUGAUGCUUCUAUGUGAGGAAUAUUUGAAUCAUUAAGGGCUGAUGCGAUAUUUAAAUGCUUAUAUUUUUUAUAAUUCUAUUUAUAAGAUUGUAAAUAAAUGUUAUUUAUUUAUAUAA